AUGACGGCCAUCGUGGACGCGGACCCGGUCCUCCUCGCGGAGUUUGAUCGACAGAGGAACGCGAAACAGGACGUUCUGUUCGCUAAAGGGAUGAACGGCGGGAUGGGCGGGUACGAGUCCGCGGUCGCGGCGAGGAAGAACGACCUGUUCGAAGACGUCUUCGCGUCGCUGCCGAAGGGAUCGAACGUCGAGGCGACCGUCGUCGAGGUCGGCAUGGGGACGUUCCCGAACGCGCGGUAUUACUUCGACGGCGGACGUCGCGGCGGGAGGAAACUAGACAUCGUCGGCGUGGACCCGAACGACGCGAUGGAGUCGUUCGCGCGGUCGAACCUCGCGAAGGCGAACGAAGCGUUCGGCGGCGGCGGCGGCGAGGACGCGUCGCUGCGAAUCGUCCACGGCGUCGCGGAGGCGCUGCCGCUGAAGGAUAACAGCGCGGACGCGGUCGUGUGCACGCUCACGCUGUGCAGCGUGCUCGAUCAAGUCGCGGCGGUGAGCGAGAUCAAGCGUAUUUUGAAACCGGGCGCGCCGUUCAUGUUCAUCGAGCACGUCCUGAGCGAGGACGACCCUCGACUCGCGGCGCAGCAGAUCAGCCUGAACGGCAUGCAAGUCGCGAUGGCGGACGGGUGCCACCUCGACCGUAAGACGUUGGACGUGAUCGACGCCGCGGGGUUCGCGUCCGUGCGCUCGGAGCGGUUCACGUUGCCCGGGUUCGGGCUCAUCUCCUCGCAAGUCGCUGGGAUCGCGAUAGUUUAG